GAGACGGUGUGGUGUGUUGUCGGGGCGCUGCUGGUUUAGUGCGUUUAUCUCCCUCUUUGUGGGUUUAUUUGCUCCGAAGGCUUGUGAAAAGUGUGUCUAGUGUUGCCCUCCGCCAGUGUGUGAAAGCCCAUGGCUAAAUUCAAGUGCUAAGUGCGCCAAAAGUGUGUAAAUGUGUGCAGUGCUGCGUGUGUGCCUCGGCGGCGGGCCAGACAAGAUGGCGGUGCGCGAGCGAAGGCCGUGAAGGGAGGUCGCGGGGCCUCGGCCGACCCGGGAUUACGCGCUUGGAUUUACCGGAGAUUGCAGCGUUUGCCCUCGGAGUACUCGUCCCGCAAGCAGAGGCUAUGGCGUCCUCGGAGGGUGGCGGCCCAAAAGUGUCCGGAGGCGUGAGUGUCAGCAUGUCAGAGCUGAACCCUCACUUCGUCUGCCUUCUGUGUUUCGGUUACUUCGUCGACGCGACCACCAUCAUCGAGUGUAUGCACACCUUUUGCAAAUCUUGCAUCGUCAACUUCCUGCGGACGAAGAGACAGUGUCCGAGAUGCGAAACCCUCCUCACCAAGUCGCGCCCCUGCAAUAGCCUCAGACCCGACCGCGUGAUGCAGGCGCUCGUCUUCAAGACAGUCCCGGGCCUCUUCCAAGCCGAGAUGAGGAGAAGGAUAGAGUUCUACCAGGGACAUCCUCAUGCGGACUACGAGCAGGACGUGGAGGAUUUCCAGCACUACGUCUUCAGUCCCGACGACUCCGUCAGCCUCUCCAUCCGCUACUACAACUUCAGCAUCUCUACGAUUACCUGUGUCAUUCUCUCACGUCUAUAUAAACAUGACUAA